AUGUCAUCUCAAAAAGCUUGUUAUAUUUGCGGUAAGUUGGGCCAUUUAGCAGAAGAUUGUGAUUCUGAAAAAUUAUGUUACAACUGUAAUAAACCAGGUCACGUCCAAUCAGAAUGCACAGAGCCAAGGACUGUAAGUAAUAAGCAAUGUUACAAUUGUGGAGAAACUGGCCAUAUUCAAUCUGAAUGUACCGUUCAACGUUGUUAUAACUGUAACGAAGUUGGCCACAUUUCCAGAGACUGUGAUCAACCAAAGAGAUUCAACAACAAUAACAACAAGAGAUUCAAUUCUAGAUUAUCCUGUUACAAGUGCGGUGGCCCAAACCAUAUGGCUAAGGACUGUAGAUCUGCUGAAGUCAAGUGUUAUACCUGUGGUAGAUUUGGUCAUGUAGCCAAGGACUGUUCAGCUGAUCCAAAUGAAAAGGUUUGCUACAAGUGUAACGAGGCUGGCCACAUCUCCAGAGACUGUCCUGCUCAGUAA